AAAGGGAAGAUCUGAAAUUUUGAUUCUCUGAUUAGGAGAGAAGUUGUGUUAUAUAUUAAUGACUGAAAAAUUUUGUGUGAUCAUAGGUGGGAUAUUUAAAGUUUGAAAUGAAAGGCUUUUAAAAACAAUAACUUUUAUUAUGUGAAUAACAGAAUUCACAUAGUUACUUUGGUAAAACAUAGACUGUUAAAUGAUUCUGCUAUAAAAGGUCUGGUCAAAAAUGGACUAUAAAAGGACUCUACACGGCCUCUUAUAUAUCCUUUGUCCUUCCCCAGUUACCGUAUCUUUUACUUAUUCUCCUUCAGAGCCAAAAAUUCUUGAAAUAUCAUUUUCCAUUCACUACAUAAAGUGCUCUAGAUUAUCUCCACCUCUUCCUAUCAAGGUGACCAGUGAACUUUCCUUGUUACAUCCAUUGUUAUAUUCACUUUUCUCUCACUACCUUACUUUUUCUCAGCAGUAUUCAAUAUAGUUUAACACUCCCUUCUUUUACUUGAAUUCUGGAGUACACCACUGUCUGGUUUUCUUUAUCUUUUUGUUUCUAUUCAGUAUCUUUUGCAGACUCUUCUUCCCUUACUCAAGGUUUACAUGUUGGCAGUUUGUAGUUCUCAGUUUGGACCUUCUUUUUUUCUCUCCUGUCUCUGUCUGGAUCAGUGCUCCUCAAAAUGUAGUAUGAGGGUCAGUUGCAUCAGAAUCAACCAUGUACUUAUUUUAAAAAGCAGAUUUUUGGACCUCUCCCCCGGCAUACUGAAUCAGAAUCUCUGGAGGUGGGGUUCAGAUCCACAUCUUCAUUAAGAAGGCGACAUGCCAAUUCAUGAACUUCUCAGCCUUUAUGGUUAUGGUAGUACUGUUCGACUACCUGAAGAAGAUGAGGAAGAGGAAGAAGAGGAAGAAGAAGGUGAAGAUGAUGAAGAUGCUGAUAAUGAUGACAACAGUGGCUGUAGUGGGGAAAAUAAAGAGGAGAAUAUAAAGGAUUCAUCGGGUCAGGAGGAUGAAACUCAGUCUUCCAAUGAUGAUCCAUCACAAUCUGUUGCUUCUCAAGAUGCCCAGGAAAUAAUCCGCCCACGUCGAUGUAAAUAUUUUGAUACAAAUAGUGAAGUAGAAGAAGAAUCUGAAGAAGAUGAAGAUUAUAUUCCAUCAGAAGACUGGAAAAAGGAGAUUAUGGUGGGCUCCAUGUUUCAAGCAGAAAUUCCAGUUGGCAUUUGUAGAUACAAAGAAAAUGAAAAAGUAUAUGAAAAUGAUGAUCAGCUCCUGUGGGACCCUGAGUACUUACCAGAAGAUAAAGUGAUUAUAUUUCUUAAAGAUGCGUCUAGAAGAACAGGUGAUGAGAAGGGUGUAGAAGCAAUUCCUGAAGGAUCUCACAUAAAAGACAAUGAACAGGCUUUAUAUGAAUUGGUUAAAUGCAAUUUUGAUACAGAAGAAGCAUUGAGAAGAUUAAGAUUUAAUGUAAAAGCAGCUAGAGAGGAAUUAUCUGUUUGGACAGAGGAAGAGUGUAGAAAUUUUGAACAAGGGCUGAAGGCCUAUGGAAAGGAUUUUCAUUUGAUUCAGGCUAAUAAAGUCCGAACAAGGUCAGUUGGUGAAUGUGUAGCAUUCUAUUACAUGUGGAAAAAAUCUGAACGUUAUGAUUUCUUUGCUCAGCAAACACGAUUUGGAAAGAAGAAAUAUAAUCUUCAUCCUGGUGUAACGGAUUACAUGGAUCGUCUUCUAGACGAAAGUGAAAGUGCUGCAUCUAGUCGAGCACCGUCCCCUCCCCCAACUGCAUCAAAUAGUAGUAACAGCCAGUCUGAGAAAGAAGAUGGCGCUGUAAGCACUACUAAUCAAAAUGGAGUGUCAUCUAAUGGACCAGGUGAAAUAUUAAACAAAGAGGAAGUAAAAGUUGAAGGGUUACACAUUAAUGGACCAACAGGUGGAAAUAAGAAACCACUUCAUGCAGAUAUGGAUACUAAUGGUUAUGAAACAGAUAACCUUACCACUGACCCAAAACUUGCCCAUAUGACUGCAAGAAAUGAAAAUGAUUUUGAUGAAAAAAGUGAGAGACCUGCCAAAAGGCGAAGGGUAAACAGCAAUGGAAAAGAAAGUCCAGGUUCUUCUGAAUUUUUCCAAGAAGCAGUCUCACAUGGGAAAUUUGAAGAACUUGAAAACACAGAUGACUAAAUUUUAGACCUAUUUUACUUUCUUUGGAGUAAAUUCUGGUGUGACUAAAAUUUUCAGGGUUGAUGGGUUACCUUAAAAAGUUGAUUUCCUUGAAGCAGUUUGAAAAUUUGAAUUGAGUCUUAACUUUAGGAAAUGAGGUUUCAUAAUUCUGCCUUUUGCAGAUUUUUUUACUUUAAAGCUGUCAGACUCUUUUAAGGGUAUUUAAAAAAUUAGUAAAUUUGAAUGAACUGAAGAUAUAUCUCUACCUUCUCAUUUGAAUAUCUUUAGUUCAUUCAAAUUUACUAAUUUUGGUAAAUUUGAAUGAACUAAAGAUAUAUCUGUACCUUCUCAUUUGAUGUAUUAAUCAUAAAAUUUCACUACAAGGUAAUUUUUGCUUAGUUUGAUGGAUGAAUGGGAAACUCAAGUCCAAAUUUCUGCUUAAUACCAAUUUCUCUGAGUUUCUUGAAAUGUCUUUAAAACAGACAUUUUUCUCACCAGUUUGAGUAUCUUUAUUAAGGAAACCCUUACGAAUCCUGAAAAUUAUGCUAGCAUGAUUUUUUUAUAUAUAGAAGUUUAAAAAUAAACCAGGUCAGGUUUGUAUAUGUAAAAUUGUUGACAUCAAUGAUGUCUUUCCAUAUUCUUAUCUGGGCUUAAGAAAUACAUUCUGUAUUUUUCCAGAUUCUUUGUAGCCUUUGAAAGAUUUUUACAGUACAUAUGUCUUGACUGAGCUGUCCUUUCUUAAUACAAAAGCUUGUAUAAUUUUCUUAACUUGUACAGUCGGUAAACUUUUAUGAGAGGAAUUGUUAUUCUGAGUCUGUCAGCUUUCAUUUUAUUUUGCUAAGGUUUUUCUAAUGAAUUUUUAAGUGUUUGUGUAGUAAUUAAGUCAUAUUUCUUAUCCAGGUGGUUAAAGCAUUCAUACAGGAUUAUAAAUUUUUUUUUUUUUUUUUUCAGAUUUCUACUUAAGGGCAAGUAAUUUGAGAAUUCUGAAAUUAAGCAUGAUGCUUAGAUUGCAGUUUGUUUUGCAUUUGCUAUAAUUUUCAAAAUUAUUUUUGAAGCAAGACAAAAGUUUAAUGUCAGCUUAAGUGCUUAAAUAUAUCAUGCUGACCAGAAUCCUGUUAUUUUUAUAUGCAUCAUAAAAUUUCCCAUUUCUGCAUUAAAUAAACAGAGGAGGGGGUCAGGUGAUACUUAGAUAUUGGCACACACAAGGAACAACUGUUGGCAGGCAGUAUCGAUUUUAUGAAGAGAAAGUGAAGUUUGAAAACUUUUCAAACUUUUCUAGUUACAAUCCAAUUUUUCAGGUUUGAUAAUGCUUUUCCAAAGUGAAAAUAAGAUACACAAUAAUCAUUGCUCUGUGUGAUUACAGAUAGGAUUAUCCAUCUGCAUAGCCUUGUAAAAGUGCCAUUUUAUUUUUAGUGCUAAAUUCUUGUUAAAUAAUGUAGUUUUAUAUAGCUGAUAGACCAACCUAUAUCCAAACUUUUAUAAAAUAUUAAUUCUUGUUUUUCUCACACAGGCAUACUCCAAAUGCUUCUUCCAGUUCAUUUUUCAGCCAUCAGUUCAAGAGCCAAUGCCUUUUUAAAAUAAAGCUUCUGUGGUCUUGUUUUUAAUGGCUCAACUGUCUGAUGUAAUUGAGUGAAGGUUUGCACUGAGAAAUUAGCAUUCAGGCCUUACCCCCAUGAAGUAUUACUGUUAACAUAUGUUCAGACUGCUUCCCUUCACCAAUGUGAACAACUUUUUUUCCCAAACAGUGUUAAAAGCCACUUUGCAACACUUGACUUCAUCUUAAUGUACAUUCACUGUUGUUACAUACAUAUCUAAGUAAAUCAAAGUUUUGGGUGGAAGUGUUGAGAAGUAUGAGUUUUUUGUUGUUUUUGUUUUGUUUUACUUAAAACUUUUAAUUUAUCCAGAAUGGCAGUAGCUUUAGCAAGCAGAUGGUCACAAUCUGUUUUCUAAAUCAUUUUUUAUUAAAUGAAUCCAAAGUAUCCUAGCUCUUUGUCAAAGAUGGUCUGUAGAAAUGUUUUUAAAGAUUAGGGAUGCUGUACUUUUUGAAUUGUUGCAGUGUUGGAGAUGCCAUUUUCACCUUUUUAAAAAGAUGCAUUUUAUUUGCAGGUUUGUGAAGUUCUUGCAAACUCUUACUACAGAAACGUUUUAAAUAAAUUCUCAGGCAUGUUUGCAAAAAUAUGGCACAUGUAUACAUUUUAGGAAAUGUUACUUUUGUUAAUCUUUAAAAAAUACACCUAAUGAAAGACAUUCCACUAUUAUGCGUAAUGCUCAGCUUUUUGUAAAGAAAUAUUUAAUUGUAUUUUGUGUUUAUACAGGUAUUUCACACAAUAAUUUGUUCUUAAUGCAGCCACUAUAACUUGAUAAGUCAUUGCACUAUUUAAAAAGUUUUAGUAAUAUGAAUUUAAUUUGCUUCAGAUUUAGUACGUUUCAGAACUUUCGAACUUUUGACAAAUUGCAUUGGGAAAAGAAGUCUGUUAAUAGUGAUUUAGUCUCCCCGCCUCAUUCCCACCCCCAACAAAGCACUAUCAUUUUCAUUUGGAAUGGGUAUUUUCUGUUUCAUGAUGUAUUUUCAAAUAGAGUUCAGGAUCUGCAAUUCAGUUCAACACAAGUUUGUUGAGCUUUAAAAUGUAUUUGAAGUAAUAUUUAAAUAGGCAUUUAAAAUUUCAAAUUAGAUGUUAAAUUUAUGCAUAGUAAUUUUGCACUGUAAAAUAAUUCCCUUCUCCCAUUCCUUGUCUGCCAUUCUGAAUAUGCUUAUUAAAAUAUUUUUUUAAACAUA